CGUCUGUUUCUCGCCACCCUCUCCAGACAUUGACAUAAAAACACACAAAAAAUCUCUCCGUUCUCAUCUCUGAAUAAAGCUUCUAUUCUUUGUUCUUUUUGUGGUUUCUGAUUUGUUUGUUACACAUAUUCGUGAUGUUGGUUUCGAGGGUUUUGUCUCGAGUUUCUCGCAGCGCGGGCUUACGCUCGUCGCUCGCCGCCGUCGCUGCUCCGGUGAGGAAUCGGGUUUCAAUCUUCUCCGGUCAGUUUCAUUCCCUCGUUCAGGAAUCUCCUAAUAAGCUUGUUCCAGCUCAGGUGUCCCUUUUCGAUCACCUCACUGCUAAUUCCUCUGCCUUUCAAAGAUUUGGUUUUUCUUCCUCUGCAUCACCCGAACCCAAUGAGAAAGAGAAUAAUAACACCGAGGCAUCGAACUCCAGUGAAGGUGCUGUUGAUAAAGAUUCCGAGACAGGGAAAGCUACAACCGAGACAGAAGAAUCAGGUCUUGAUUCAGAAUCUGGUGAUUCUUCCGUGCAAAGCAGGCGGAGGGGUACUAAACGAACUGCAUUUUCUGAUUCAGAUUCAGAGACCGACGCUGAUGAUUUGUCGAGGGAUGAUUUGGUGAAACUCGUGGCUGAGAAGGAGGAGCUUCUAAAGACCAAGCACCAAGAGCUUGGACAGAUGAAAGACAAAGUUCUUCGCACUUACGCAGAGAUGGAAAAUGUCAUGGACAGGACAAGACGGGAAGCCGAAAACUCCAAAAAGUAUGCUAUACAGAAUUUCGCAAAGAGUCUUUUGGAUGUGGCAGAUAAUCUUGGAAGAGCUUCUUCGGUUGUCAAAGAUAGUUUCUCAAAGAUUGACACUUCGAAAGAUUCGGCUGGGGCUGCUCCGCUGUUAAAAACCCUUCUAGAAGGGGUGGAGAUGACUGAGAAACAGCUAGCCGAGGUAUUCAAGAAAUUUGGUCUGGAGAAGUAUGAUCCUUUGAACGAGCCAUUUGAUCCGAACAGGCAUAACGCCGUGUUCCAAGUCCCGGAUGCCUCGAAGCCUGAAGGCACAGUUGCUCAUGUCUUGAAGUCUGGGUACAUGUUGUACGAUCGAGUUAUAAGGCCAGCAGAGGUUGGUGUUACUCAGGCGGCGGAGGGCCAAUACGACGGCAAAGGGUCCGAGGCGUGAAAGUCAGACAAGAGAUCUCGAAAUUUUGCUGCAGCAUCAUCCUUCCAGAGUCGUAGCUUUUCUUUUUCUUCCAAGUAUUCAUUUCAUGAACAAGAUCCCAUAAAUUGCUCCAGGGAAAAGAAAACUCUGGUUCUGUGUUUGCUUCUAUCUUGAUAGCCAUAGCUUUGUUAUCUAUUGAGCUCUGACUCGAAGUACUUCUGAUGAUCAUCGAAUUAGGGUUUUUCCCUUUGUCA